CCGCGGCCCCACGCGGGGCGGGGGCGGGGCCUCCGCCAUCUUCGCCGCGGCCCCUCAGCGGCGUGAGCGGCGCGGGGCUGGGCCGGGCGGCUCUUAAAGGGGUCACGGCCCGCGGUGGGGCCCUCUAGGCGGGAGAUGGAGCGCGGAGCAGCACAGGAGGCCCCCGAGUGCGUGCGGCGCCAGAAGCGCCGGGAGCUGGACGCGCGGCGCAGCAAGUGCCGCAUCCGCAUCGGGGGGCACCUGGAGCGCUGGUGCCGCCUCAAGGAGCAGCUCGGAUUUGCCCUGCACUCCCAGCUGGCCCAGUUCCUCCUUGACAGGUACAGCUCUCCUGGCUGCACCUGGAGCCCAGGAGAGCUGGAGCGGCUCCAGCCGGCUGCCCUGCAGCGCCUGGUGGUGCUGACCCACGGCCACGGCCAGGAGUGCGGCUUCGUGCCGGACGUCCAGCUGCCAGCACCGGGCAGCACGGCCCCGCUGGUCUGGGAGUGCGUGGCCGGGCACCGCUUCUCAUGGGGGGGCCCCGGGGGUCCCAGCAGCCCCCCCUUGGACCCCCCGAAAGCGGCGCAGGGAUGCAGCCCCUCCCCGGGCGCCGGGCGCCGGCGUUCGCUCCGUAAGGCCGGGCCGGAGGGAACGGCCGAGUCACUCCAAGGUGACAGGGAUCGGGGUGAGGAGCUGGGAGCUGGUGACAGUGGUGGCACAGCCUCCCAGGUGCCUCUGGAGCCAGGGCCUGUAGCAGCAGCUGGUGAGAGCAGCACCAGCCCCGGGGAUGAGGCAGAGCCAAGAGUUGAGCCCCAAGAGGAAGAGGAGGACGAGGACUUUGCUGAGGGUGACGACCUGGCCUACACUGAUGAUCUGCGUGAUAAGAACUACCAGCCGUCCCUGGACAGUGACUCAGAGCCACGGCGAUGCCAGGGCCAACCCAAGGCCCACAAGAAGCCGAUCAAGGAGGAGCAGCCCCUGCUGGAGCCGGCCCUGCCCAGCUCUGGCCCCUUGGAGGAGAAGAGUGGACAGGUCAGCUGCCAGCAGCAACCACGGGCGAGUGACAAGGAUGCAGCUCAGAUCGGCCCCAAGAGGAUCAGGAAGGCGGCGAAGCGCGAGAUCCUCCUGUGCGACUUCGAAGGCUGUGGCAAAAUCUUCUCCAACCGCCAGUACCUGAACCACCACCAGAAGUACCAGCACGUGCACCAGAAAACCUUCACCUGCUCUGAGCCCACCUGCGGGAAAUCCUUCAACUUCAAGAAGCACCUGAAGGAACACGAGAAGCUGCACAGUGACAAGCGCGAUUACAUCUGUGAGUUCUGCGCGCGCUCCUUCCGCACCAGCAGCAAUCUGAUCAUCCACCGACGGAUCCACACGGGGGAGAAGCCGCUCCAGUGUGAGAUCUGCGGCUUCACCUGUCGCCAGAAAGCCUCUCUGAACUGGCACAUGAGGAAACACGACGCCGACUCCUUCUACCAAUUCCCGUGUGACGUAUGCGGGAAGAGGUUUGAGAAGCGGGACAACGUCACUGCCCACAAGAGCAAGAGCCACCCCCGGGGGCUGGGGGGACCCCCGCAGCCCGAGGGGAUCCGGCAGCACCUGGAGGCCCCUGGGCCGCUGGAACCUCUGGAGCUGCUUGGGGAGGUCCUGGGGAGUGGGGGGGACACAGGGAGGACCCCGCUGGAAUGUGGCGGGGGGGACGUUAGGCAGGAUCCGGGCACGUCCCAAGGCCAGGGGAUGGGCAAGCGGGGGGUCCUAGAGGGCUUGUCCCCCAGUUUGGGGACUGCAGCAGGAUCAGGGACAAUGCUAGACCCUGCAGCUGCUUCAGGUGCCAAAACUACACCGGAGAGACAAAACUGGGGAAAAUUCCAGGGUUUUUAGCCAGUCCUGGGGGAAAUCCCAGUUUUUCUGCCAAAUCCCAGAUGAAACCCCAAGUUUUCAGCCAAAUCCCUGGGGCAAAUCCUAGUUUUUCUGCCAAAUCCCAUCUUCCCCUUAAGCCCAGCAGUAUUGCCACAGGUGGAUCCUCAAUAAAAACUUAUUUUGGGUAAAAGUGGGAUUUGGUGCCAGAUUUUUAUGGAAAAAAGAUGGAAAAGUGAGAUUUGGGUAGUUUGGGCACAGGAAAAGGGGUUGGAGAAGAGGUGGAGACACCAAACACUCAGGAAUUUGGGACCCAAAACUGGGAUGAGAGGGAGCUCCCAGUCAGGCUGUACUCCCAAACUGGGAUGGGUGGGAACAGACCACUGAGCUGUGCCUCCAAACUGGGAUGACAGGGAGUGCCCAGUGGGGCACUGGGAGCUCCCAGUGCUUCGAAUUUUUCCUUUAAACUUUAAUUUUCAUUUAAAACUGACUCAAACCGCAAUCUGACCUUACAGAUACUUGAAGCUUCAAGUUGGGACCAUUUAGUGAAUUGCAAGGGCCCCCAAAACCCCUCGGUGCUCUACCCCAGCAGGCCAGGGACGAGGGCACGUCUCAGUCCCAUUCCCUCCUGAGCAGGCGCAGCUUUUCUUCCUCCCCCAGGACCAAAACCCCCCAAAUUAUCAGAUUUUAGGAGUUUUUUUUGCACAGCAACUUUUAUUUCCCCACUAACAGUGACAGGGCAAAGGACACGAACAGCAGCAGAGGGGAGGGCACAAGGGGAGCAGGCAAGCGCAAGAUCACACCUGGAACACAGACCCCCAGUCCCCUAAAACCCCCGGGCCUGGGUUUGGGGUGAUCCCAAAUAUCCACAGCCCCUUGCUGGGAUCCCAGUGCUCCAGGGGCUCAGAAUUUAGGGGGAUUGAGGGAUGAGGAGGGAAAUGGGGGGGACAAUGGAGGGAGUGGGGAGAGAAAGGGGGGGGCAAUAGAGGAGAUGGGGAGGUCACCCAGCGACAGCAGGAUGGGCUCAGCCUUUUCCCCAGGGGGAGAUGGGAUGGGAUGUGGUGACUUGCAAAGCAACGGUGUCCAAGGGAGGGAUGACACUCCCCUCCACACAGCGUUUUAGGGGGAAGGAGGGACACAAAGCUUUGGCUAGUAUACAAAGUAGGAUGAGAUCAGCCUCUCCCUGUUCCAUGGGGCUUCAACUCCAAAGAAAAACACAAAA